AUGUCUUCCACCCCAGAUGGGCAAGAACCCGAACCAGAGUCGCCCAUACCAUUGCGACAACAACGGCAGAGGGCACCGACGAUAAGCAUUGACGACUCGGCCGUCAACACCUCCGCGGAGGAACCUCCAAGUGCCUCCUCCGACAAGCCUGGUCCUUUGCCUCGAAUACAAACGAAAAACCUCGAAAAUGCACCCGUCCUUGCAUCUCCUCUCUCCACGUCUCCUACCGAUCUUCGCCUGUCGACAGAUACACGAGAGUCCCGGCCGACAUCUCCUCACAAUGUAUCCUCCCCGAGAGCACAUUUAUUCGAUACAGGCUCCACCCAGAAUUUCCUGUCAGUUCCUGGCUUUAGGAACAGAGCGCCCUCGGUGGAAUCGGAUGCAGUCUCGCCGACUUCAGAAUUUGGCGGAGACACCCAGAUAGCGUCGAGUACAUCGGGCCUGGACGAUUUAAGGAAGAACUCUUUCAGCAAUAAUGACGAUAUUAUAAAUGACCAAGAUGCUCUCAAGCCAGAUCCGGGGCAAGAAGCGGACUUUGAAGUAGAUGACAACAAGUUUGCCUUCACGCCAGGUCAGCUAAACAAAAUGAUCAACCCCAAGAGCCUGGCAGCCUUCCACGCUCUUGGUGGUCUUGCAGGUUUAGAAAAGGGUCUCCGGACAAAUCGAAGAAGCGGCCUCAGUGUCGACGAGCUUGGCUUGGAUGGCUCGGUCAGUUUUUCCGACGCUGUCCAAGCAGCAAACGAGCAGGAGGAACAUUAUGGCACCAUCAAAAGAUCUACGACAAGCCAUUCGAUGAGUGCUGCUGCGAAGCCGACGGAGAAUUCAUUCUCUGACCGCAAGCGCAUAUUCAAAGACAACCGAUUACCGGAGAAGAAAGCGAAGACCUUCUGGCAACUUGCGUGGAUAGCUUACAACGACAAGGUGCUGAUACUACUUUCCGUUGCUGCUGUCAUAUCUCUUGCUCUGGGCAUCUAUCAAACCGUCAGACCAGCCAAGUCUGAAGAACAUGAAGCCCGAGUUGAAUGGGUAGAGGGUGUGGCCAUCAUGGUAGCUAUCUUUGUUGUCACAUUUGUGGGAGCCCUCAACGAUUACCAAAAGGAGCGCCAAUUUAUCAAACUUAAUCGUAAAAAGGAAGAGAGGCUGGUCAAGGUUGUUCGUUCCGGGAAGUCUCAAGAGAUAUCGGUUUACGAUGUUCUGGUCGGCGAUGUGAUGCACCUCGAGCCAGGUGAUUUGAUCCCGGUUGAUGGUGUUUUCAUUGAGGGACAUAAUGUGAAAUGCGAUGAGUCGUCUGCCACUGGCGAGUCUGAUAUCAUUCGGAAGACGCCAGCUGAUGAAGUAUAUCAUGCUAUUGAGAAUCACCAGCCACUCAAGAAGAUGGAUCCAUUCAUUCUCUCUGGAGGCAAGGUUUCCGAAGGUGUUGGAACGUUUCUCGUUACAUCUGUCGGUGUCAAUUCGAGCUAUGGAAAAACCUUGAUGUCUCUGCAAGACGAAACGCAAGCUACACCCCUGCAGUCGAAACUAAACGUCCUGGCUGAGUAUAUUGCCAAACUUGGUCUCGCGGCUGGCUUACUGCUCUUUGUGGUUCUCUUCAUCAAGUUCUUGGUCGAGCUCAAAAACAUCAAUGGAGGCGCUCAGGAAAAGGGGCAGAGAUUUCUCCAAAUCUUCAUUGUUGCGGUAACAAUUAUUGUUGUUGCUGUGCCUGAGGGCCUACCUCUGGCCGUCACUCUGGCUCUCGCCUUUGCAACGACUCGAAUGCUCAAAGACAACAACUUGGUACGACUUCUACGCGCCUGUGAAACGAUGGGCAAUGCAACCACUGUCUGCUCAGACAAGACUGGCACAUUGACCCAAAACAAGAUGUCUAUGGUGGCCGGCACACUUUCCACUGCCUCGAGGUUUGGCGACAAACCACAACUGGUCAGUCCCAAGGCUGACGUGAACAAUUCCAAAAGCGCAUCGCCUGAUGCUGGUGCAGGUGAUGUGUCUGCCGCUGAAUUUAUCGCGACCCUCUCAUCUGAUACCAAAGACCUUCUCAAGGACUCGGUCGUCUUGAAUUCAACAGCGUUCGAGGGAGAAGAAGCCGGCAAGAAAGUGUUCAUUGGGUCCAAGACUGAGACGGCUCUACUCUCCUUUGUGGCAGACUAUCUGGGCGUUGAUUCUUUGAGCGAAGAAAGAUCUAACGCAGACAUUGUCCAGAUGGUGCCGUUCGACUCUGGCAGGAAAUGCAUGGCCGUUGUGAUCAGGAUGGCCAAUGGGAGAUUUCGAUUGAUGGUAAAGGGAGCGUCAGAGAUCUUGAUAGGUAAAUGUUCAAGAAUCGUCAGCGAUCCAACAAAAAGCAUUGCCGAUGCUCCGAUCACUCCGGACCAGAUCGAGACCCUCAAUGGCAUUGUUUCCAACUAUGCCUCUAGGUCAUUGCGCACCAUUGCCCUCUUGUUCCGAGAUUUCGCGGAAUGGCCACCACGCGGUGCAGUCUCCACCGACGACAAGAAACAAGCUGAUUUCGACAAGGUCUUCAAGGACAUGACUUUCUUUGGCGUUGUGGGCAUUCAGGAUCCGUUGCGGCCCGGAGUAGAGAAAGCUGUGCACGACUGCCAGGUUGCCGGCGUAUUUGUUCGCAUGGUUACUGGUGACAACAUCAUGACUGCGAAGGCCAUAGCUACCGAAUGUGGUAUCUUCACGCCUGGUGGCAUCGCGAUGGAAGGGCCAGUCUUCAGGAAAUUAAGCUCUAAACAGCUUACCCAAGUCAUUCCACGCUUACAGGUGCUUGCACGUUCUAGCCCCGAGGAUAAGAAGCUCCUUGUCAGCCAUCUGAAGAAGCUUGGUGAGACCGUCGCAGUCACUGGUGACGGCACCAACGACGCGCCAGCCCUGAAAACUGCAGAUGUUGGAUUUUCGAUGGGUAUUGCGGGGACUGAGGUCGCCAAAGAGGCAUCAGCUAUUAUUUUGAUGGAUGAUAACUUUGCUUCUAUCGUCAAGGCUAUUUCUUGGGGCAGAACUGUCAACGAUGCCGUCAAGAAGUUUUUACAGUUCCAAGUCACUGUCAAUAUCACAGCAGUCUUGCUCACAUUCAUCUCUGCUGUGGCUAAUGACGACGAAAAUUCUGUCUUGACGGCUGUGCAACUGCUCUGGGUCAACUUGAUCAUGGAUACGUUUGCCGCCCUUGCCUUGGCCACCGAUCCUCCCACGCACUCCAUUCUUCGACGCCGACCAGAACCGAAAUCAGCUCCGCUGAUCACCAUUACAAUGUGGAAGAUGAUAAUCGGACAAUCCAUAUAUCAGCUUGUGGUCACUCUAAUCUUGUACUUUGCUGGUGAAAGUAUACUGUCGUAUCAGACACAAGGUGAGAAGGAUCGACUUCAGAGCACGAUUUUCAAUACCUUCGUAUGGAUGCAGAUUUUCAACCAGUACAACUCGCGUCGGUUGGACAACAAUUUCAAUAUUUUCGAGGGAGUCCUGAAAAACUGGUGGUUUAUGGGCAUUCAAGUCAUUAUCAUUGGCGGACAAUGCCUCAUCAUGUUCGUUGGUGGGCAGGCAUUUUCCAUUCACCGCAUCAAUGGUGCACAAUGGGGUUACUCAAUUGUGCUAGGUGCCCUGUCCAUGCCCAUUGCGGUCAUCAUCAGGUUACUCCCGGAUGAAAUCUUUGCCAAGCUGAUUCCCAGCAUUCGGUUUGGCAAGAAACACGGGCCCGAGUUUACCCUGGAAGAUGACGAACAGCUUCGUCACUGGAAUCCUGCCUUGGAAGAGAUUCGAGAAGAGCUCACAUUCCUCAAGAAGCUUCGAGGAGGAAGAAUGUCCGAGUUGGCGUAUAAAUUGCAACAUCCCCGAGACACCUUCUUGCCGCGAUCGCGAAGUCCAUCUCGGUCACGCUCCAAUAGCGAUCUGCCUCAGACACCGGAGGGAGAGGCGGGAUCGCCGGAGCUAUCUUCUGCUUCGCCCGCAACCCCUGAGAAAUACAGGAGACGAGCAAGAUCAAGCUCGAAUUCUGUUUUUGGUCCUGCCGCUGCGAUGGCAGGUAUUGUCGCCGGUAGCGUGGCCGGCGGAUGGUCUCCAGUCGAACGUCGCAAUCUAGAGCCCGAAACCAUUCAUUUCCAGCGAGCACGAUCUCAUUCUGGCGUGGAAGGAACGCUUGGUAUGGAGAUUCAUCCAGCUACGUCACAAGAUGAUCCAGUCUUCGCCGAGAGAAUCCCCAAGAAUGGCAUACCUCCCAGCCAAAUUCCCAGUUUGGCACCGCACUUCGACCAUGCACCACCACAUAGCCCUCCAACUCGCACGAAAAGCUCACACUCACGGUCGACCUCAUCGACGUCUCAUGUGUGA